GCACCUCCCAAGCUCUGUCAUUCUGUGGCCCUUAACCCCUUCUUCCCCCACAGGUGCCUUUGCCCGCCCUUUCCCCCACCAUGCAGAUGGGGACCAUUGCGCGCUGGGAGAAGAAAGAGGGGGAGAAGAUCAACGAGGGAGACCUGAUUGCGGAGGUAGAGACGGACAAAGCAACUGUGGGGUUUGAGAGCCUGGAAGAAUGCUACUUGGCCAAGAUCCUGGUUCCCGAAGGAACGCGGGAUGUUCCCAUCGGAUUCAUCAUCUGCAUCACCGUGGACAAGCCCGAACUUAUUGGCGCCUUCAAGGAUUAUACUUUGGAUUCAGCAGCUGCCGCCCCACCGGCUUCAGUGCCACCUCCGCCUCCUCCAGCAGCUCCCCCCAAACCAGCAGCUCAGCCAUCCAGCCAAGCGCCAGGCAGCUCCUAUCCUCCUCAUAUGCAGAUUGCUCUUCCUGCCCUCUCUCCUACGAUGACCAUGGGCACUGUUCAGAGGUGGGAGAAGAAAGUUGGCGAGAAGCUGAGCGAAGGAGAUUUAUUGGCAGAAAUUGAGACGGACAAAGCCACAAUAGGCUUUGAAGUGCAAGAAGAAGGUUACCUUGCGAAGAUCUUGAUAGCAGAAGGUACCAGAGAUGUCCCCUUGGGAACCGCCCUCUGCAUCAUUGUGGAGAAGGAGUCCGACAUUCCUGCUUUCGCAGACUACAGGGAUGCUGGGAUCGCCGAUAUCAAGCCUCCGGUGUCCCCACCGCCUCCGCCCCCAAGCCCCGCGGCGGCUGUUUCAGCCCAACCUGCGGCCUCUCCGGUCCAGGCUCCUGCACAUAAAGGGAGGAUAGUAGCGAGCCCUCUGGCCCGGAAACUGGCCACAGAGAGAGGAAUCGAUCUCUUGCAGGUGAAAGGUACGGGGCCAGAUGGGCGGAUCACCAAGAAGGACAUCGACUUGUUCGUGCCAUCUAAAGUUGCCCCGGCCCAGCUGCCAGAAGCAGCCCCUCUGGCUGUGCCAGCUCCCACAGCUGCUCCCACAGCUGCUCCCACAGGUGUCUUCACGGAUAUUCCCAUUAGUAAUAUUCGAAAGGUGAUUGCCCAGCGUUUGAUGCAGUCUAAGCAAACGAUACCUCACUAUUAUCUCUCGGUUGAUGUCAACAUGGGAGAAAUAUUGGUGCUGAGGAAAGAGCUCAACCAGGAGAUGCCACAGAAUACCAAGCUCUCAGUCAACGACUUCAUUAUCAAAGCUUCAGCUCUGGCAUGUUUGAAGGUGCCUGAAGCGAAUUCUUCAUGGUUGGAAACGGUCAUUAGGCAAAAUCACGUAGUUGAUGUAAGCGUGGCGGUCAGUACGCCAGCAGGGCUUAUAACGCCAAUUGUGUUUAAUGCACACACCAAGGGGUUGGCCUCCAUUAACCAAGAUGUCGUGACGUUAGCCAGCAAAGCGCGGGAAGGCAAGCUUCGGCCCCAGGAGUUCCAGGGAGGAACCUUCACCGUCUCCAAUUUAGGAAUGUAUGGCAUUAAGAACUUUUCGGCUAUAAUCAAUCCACCGCAGGCUUGUAUCUUGGCGGUUGGUGGCUCUGAGAAGAGGCUGGUGCCAGCAGACAAUGAAAAAGGGUUCGAUGUGGCCAGUGUCAUGUCUGUGACGCUCAGCUGUGACCACCGUGUAGUGGAUGGGGCCGUGGGGGCCCAGUGGCUCGCAGAGUUCAAGAAGUUCCUGGAAAAACCGGUCACGAUGCUGCUAUAAUUUCUCAAGGACUUUGGCGACCUAAUCGCUUCAUUCUAAAGAAGCUAUUUAUAUAUCGAAGGGUUAGACUUUUAAAGAAAAAAAAAAUGUUUCCUUCUUUUAUUUUUUUAAAAAAGUCUAUCUAUAAACAGCGGCUGGUGAUUUUUGAAUGACCAGUUCAGAGAGAUUUAAAGGUUCUGCAGGUGGCCUUCCGAAGCCAAGUGCAGCUACGCUAUAUCGUAUUCAGUGGAUGGAUUUGCAAACUUUCCCCCAGUUGUGGAAAAUAAUCAUGUGUUGUAAUGCUUCUGAUCACAACGGUGCAGGGUAUCACAGCCUCCUCUGCCCCCUCCCCACCAGCUACCUGCCUCAGCCUUCAUUUCCCAUAAAACCAGGGAUUUUAAGACGAAAUAGGGGGGGGGGAGUGAACCGUAGAUUUGGGAAAAUUUAAAUUUUCAGCAGAAAAAGGAAUUAACCUUCCACGUGUGUUUUAAAUACUGCAGGGGGGAAAAAAAACAGAGAAGAUGCUAUUACUUGGAAUAGAACAGAGCAGCUGACAUUUCAAUUUUGCAAAAUCCACUGUAAUCAGACUUUCUAGCAACAGGGAAUCCUUUUUGCAGGCUGCAAGAGAAAAUGAAUGCUCUCAAGUCAGAGCAGCUAAACUGAACAGCCCUUUGAAACCCUUCUGAUGAUUUUGCCUUUUGUGAGUUUCCGUAAUUCGAGCAUGUGUUGUUUUGCUUCCUGUUCAGGUCAGUAAAAGCUCUUUUACUCAGUUGUCAAGGGAACUGGUGGAACUGGACCAGUUAAAGAUAGGAGUCCUUACAGGCUCCACCAUAGGUUCCUUCCUCCCCCUCUUAAUGAUCUAGGCUGGGCAGACGGGGGCUAAUGUCUUACCCAAAGGAAUGUGAGGCCGCAGUUCUGCCAUUUAAUGCAGGAAUGUGUGUGUGUGGGAGGGGACUUUUCUUCCUACCACGUUUGAGGGUGCAGUUUUGUGAAAUGUCCCACCCCACACGGGAAGCUGCUGUUUCCCCAGCAAAAUGGGCUGUCUUUAAGCAUGAAGCACUCCAGAAAUUCCCAAAAUCAGCCCGUAUUGCAACUGCCUCCAGCAGUCUUGCGUUUGAAAUGGGACGCUGACCUCGGAGUAACUGAAACGAGAACUUUUGCACGGCGCUAAUCGUAUGAAAAGAAGGGGAAAAAAACUCCUGAUGCCUUGUGAUCAAGCGGCCCAACCAGAUGUGGAUUAGUUGUGCUUGAAUUCCACAGAAAUCAGUAGAAUAAUUAGGCAUAACCACUUAAGCGUCCCAAGAAAUCCAGAACCAACCUUUGCAGGAUCUGACUGCUAACCUGGAACAGCUUGGCUUUCUUGUCCCGUUCCCCACACACACACCCAGGCUCAAGAGAAACAGAAUGUCACAAGUCAUAAAUUUGUAAACAUCUUUGCUGGAAAUGAGAUUUCUUCAGAACGGAGCCCAGCCACAGUUUUAAUGGUGCCCUAGGUAUACAGAGGCUCUCAUGGGAAAUGCCUCGCUUGCUUGCCGAGGGAAAAGCUCAUUUUAAAAGGUGGAUCAUGUAAUGGCUAAGUGGUGAGGCCCGAGCAGCUGAGUAGACCGAUAUACCCCUGUGUUAAGUUGUACGUCACCACUUCAUUCAAUAUUGUCUCUUGUCAAUUUGCGCUACUGAAUCCACUACAAAUAUAUAUAUACAUGCAAUUAAAUAUUUUUUUUCCUGAGAACCAAUUUGUGGAGUUUGGUUGUAAUUCAACCUGUGGUAAGAAAAGUGCUUUAAAACAUCUUAAUUUGGUUACAGAUUGGCAUUAAAAGUUUGAUGUUCUUUG